GGCGGAUCACGCUCUCUCACUGGGCCGUUUGUUUCGCGAGGAUUGAUUGUUCGUUGUGUGCUGUUUCGCCUCAGUCCCAGGGCUGGAAUCAGGGCCUCUUAAGGCGUAGCCUCCGACAAGCGGUCGUCUUGCUUUUUCACGCCGCCAGAGGUAUGAGUCUACGUCCCCUGCUUCCCCUCUCUUGAGGAGCGCGGGGAGAGCCUCUCGCUCGCAGACAUGAGGCUCCUCUACUGCGAGGACGACCCGUUCGACUCCGACGCGCUCCAGGCCAAGCCGGAGAGCAUCAUCGCAGGCGUCGGGUCGCGGUCCUGCGCCUACUCCUUCCCGCUGACCCGCCGGGACAUGCUGCGGCGGCUGGUGCACCUGUACGAGGUGGACCUGGAGUGCCGCGCGGCGGAGGCCCACGAGGCACGGCGUGCCAACAGGGCUUUGUGGGCGCACUCAUCCCAGCGAAGCUGGAAGUGAGCGCACGGAGCCCUUGCGGGAGCGAAAAGCUCUCGCUCCUCGCCGGCGAAUGCGGUCGGUAGGUUAAGCUGUCAAUGCAAAGGUAGCUCUCGGCUCGUAGGUGCAGUGGCGCUCUCGCUCGAGGGUCGGGGGAGAACCCAGGGCUGGAGCGGCUUCACGAAAAAGGUCGCAGGG